GCGGGCGAGCGCGAGGCUGGAAAUGGCAGAGCACAUGAUGGCCAUGAACCACGGACGCUUCCCUGAUGGAACCAGUGGGCUUCACCACCACCCGGCCCAUCGCAUGGGAAUGGGACCCUUUCCAACCCACCACCACCAGCAGCAGCAGCAGCAGCCGCCGCCGCACGCCUUCAGUGCCUUGAUGAGCGACCAUCUCCAUUACGGAGGAGGAAAUAUGAACACAAACAGUGGCAUCAGGCACGCCAUGGGGCCAGGGAACGUGAACGGGGGACACCCUCCUGGCAGCAUGCCGCCGACCGCGAGGUUUAAUAACACCCAGUUCAUGGCACCGACGGUGGCCCCUCAAGGCGGGCCCUUAACGGCCAGCAUGCAGUUGCAGAAGCUGAACAACCAGUACUUCAGUCACCAUCCUUACCCUCACAACCACUACAUGCCGGAUUUACUUCCUGCCAACCAUCAGCUCAACGGAGCAACCCAGCAUUUUCGGGACUGCAACCCAAAGCACAGCAACAGUGGGGGGGGCGGGGGCAGCAGCGGUGUGCCAGCUUCCGUGCCCCACGUCCCUGCAGCAAUGCUGCCUCCCAAUGUCAUUGACACUGACUUCAUUGAUGAGGAGGUCCUGAUGUCCUUAGUCGUAGAAAUGGGUUUGGAUCGCAUCAAGGAGCUUCCCGAGCUUUGGCUGGGACAGAACGAGUUUGAUUUCAUGACAGACUUCGUUUGCAAACAGCAGUCUAGCAGAGUGAGCUGCUGACUUUCGUGUAAAACAAAGGACUUUUUUUUUCCAUGUGUAUGAAUGAAAAAACAUUCCCUCUAGAAACAGUAUUUCAAAGGCUUGUAGGAGCUUGAACACCUGGGAAGCAGAGUAAACUAUAAACUUGUAUAAUUUUUCUUAUUUUCUGUUUGCUACCACCACUUCUUUAUUUUUUAAGCUUGGCCACCCAUUUUUGUCCCCCUGACCUGUAAUAAUUUUUAACUGAACCUAUCAUAUCCUCAGUGUCUCUCUUUCUCUCUCUCUCCUCUGCCUAAUUUCUUCCCUGCUAACCUGGCAGGUCUUUCAGUGGCUAGAUGCAAACAUGGGCAAAAAAUAAUCUUGUGGAUAUUCUGUGAGUUAUGAUUUCAAAUGAGUAGAACUGCAUUCAGAUUCUUGAGUUUAAAAAGAUUUUUUUAAAAAAAAAAAUGCAUUAGUUGAUUGCACGAGAACUUCAGGAUAGAUUCCUGCGCAAAUACUGCCCUCUUCCUUUGUUUUGAACUAUGCAUUGGAGUGAUGCUAAUUUUUAGUCUGCUAAACUGGAAGCUUAGCAAAUGUGUGGGCCCAUCCUUCCUUCUUCAGGAAAAAUAACUGUUACUUAAACUCUGCUGACUGUUCCUCUCCCCCAUCUGUACAGAUAAAAAGUGUGAAUGGAAUGGCGGUGGGGUCGGUGGGAGGGGACUUUGCUGGCUUUUAUUCUGGUUCUAAUUUCAACAUCCUUUUAUUUUGGUAAUGUGCUUACAUGGUUUAUUCAAUACAUAGGGGGAAAGAACUACUGUGUUGAAAGCUUUUUAGGAAAUUUGACAGUAUUUUUGUACAAUUUUUUUUCCUGAGAACAUACUUGUUAAUUUAUUUUAUUUUUAAGUUGCCAGUGUCCACAAAAAAGUUAAAUGCUUUAACUUUUUCCUAGGUAUAGUUCCCACUUAUUUUUCCUAAACUUAUUUUUCUUUCCCACCCCUUCCAAUUGCCCCCCUCCAAAUAUUUAGUACAUAUGACCCUUUUUAACUUGUUGAGCUGUUGGGUUGUGUGAACAUUCUGAAGGAGUAUUUACUUGACACCAUUGUGUGCUAUAUGUCAUGAUCAGUGCAGAAGGUAAAAGGAUUUAAAUCUAAUUAUGAAAUCACAGUCUCAUAAGUAACAUUGUAACAUGCCUGUGUGAUUUUAUCAAAAGUGGAAUUUGCCAAGAGGCAACAACUUGUGAUUUGCCAACUUACUUACUAUAAAUGUAGUUGUCCAGAAUUAUGAUGCAUAAAGUAUUUAUUCUAUUUAUCUAUUAAACUUUAAUUUUAUAAAUACUCUCACAAGUACUCUCAAUAACACUUUGUUCUUCAUGCACAUGUAUUUCUUACUGUGUGAAAGGGCUUCAUAAAA